GAAAAACAGGACGAUUAGCAAUCUCCCUACUCAUCUCUGGUAUAACCAAGUAUAUAACUGACUAUAAGCGUUCUGGCACAUCUCCUCAUUGAGGAGGCAGCCAUAAGGAAAGGAAGGAAGGACUAUAAGCGUUCUGGGACAUCUUCUUAUUGGAGGAGUCAGGCAUAAGGAAAGGAAAGAAGGACUAUAAGCGUUCGCCGAUGAAACGACUCGACCAACGGUUAUCUUAUCAUACGGAUAUAUUAAAUUCACGAAGAGCAGCACUUGCCUUUGGAUGCCAGAACCUCCAAAGAUUCAGGUUAAUUACUGGCUUCGCUUGCCUUAUUACAAGUACCGCAGACAAGUAAGUGCGAGACGAGAAACACAAUCAUCGGUAGAAAGAAACAAUCAAGAAAAAUCAAGGGGUUAGACGUAGAAGAACAGAUAAUGCGAAUCUAUCGUACGUAACUGUUGACCGUUCUUCGUGAUCUUUCUCGGAAGAAGUCAAUGAAGCAGCCAGAGGGCCUCCACUUGUCAUCUCGUUACACCAAUAUAAUAAACGCAUAGCGGAGAGGCGUAUGUAAGGCCGCGAGACUCGUAUGGCUCGGAGCAUCAAAUUAUGGCCACAGUUUUCGAUAGCCCGUUCCUGUCGAACAGGCUACAACAAAUAGAGGAACGUUACGAGGAACCGACAAACUUCGGACGGUGCGAUUGCACUAGCUACAGCUAUCUUACUCUAAGCGUGAUUCUCUUUAUUGUUGGUACAGCCAUUACUAUUUUGGCGCUUGGUGAUAUUGCCGAUAAACAUAUAUUUUUCAAUUUGGGCCACAUGUGGCUCAUCGGUCCAAUUUUUAUUUGUUCCGGGCUGAUGGUUGCUGUUAAAUGCAUGCUCUACCUCAGGAGAAAAUCUGUCAUACAGAUGAUCUUUCGGCAGCGACAACUUUUCAGACAUUUACAGGAACUAGCAAUUGCUCAGGGGGUUGGUGGUUCUGGUGCAGCCACACCCGGGCCACCAUCAUAUGAAGUGAUUUCUCAUGGUGAAGGUUCUAGUGAAUUGCCUCCGCCCUCUUAUGCCGAAGCUGUUGCUCUCCUUCGACGAUCUGGAAUUAAUGAUGGAAAAUCAUGUUGUGGUACAAUAUCAGAAAACACUAUGAAUGCAGGCGAACCAACACGUACAAAACCUUGACCAAGAGCAACUUGGUAUUUGUUGGUCUCUGGCCCUUUGUUUCUUGACAUAAUUAACAUAAUGGGUCUUCUACACUUUACAACUCAUGGAAAGCCUAUUGAUCCUUCUAAAUAGAGCCGGACGCAUGUCACAGGUAUUAUUUCGUAUGCAGUGUCCAGUAGUUACCAGGUACGAUAUUGUUCGCGGUUGCACCACGUGUCUGCACGCUCAUUUGUGCGUCACAGCGGAUCAAGCUUCAAUAAAAGGUAUGACGUUUUGCACGUGCUUUCCUCGGAGAAUUGGAAUAAUUGCCGUGCAAUUUUGCGAUGCUCAAAGCAGCUUUGGAUUCGGUUCUGAAACAAGGCCAUGAAUUUCAAAAAGAAUCUAGAGUUACGCUGCGUGGAUGAUAUAGCACAAAUUGUGUCGUUCGUUUUCUUUCUUUUUGGAGGGUGAAAUAAAAAAAAAGAAGGAAACGUGUCAAACUAGCCAUAGGGUACCGUAUUGUAUACGUGUAGUAAAACUAAAAGAUAUUUUUGUAAUGAAAUGUCAUAAAGUAAAGCUGCUGCCUUAAAUUAACUGAUAAGAAAGAAUCAAGGUGUGUAAUAAAAGUAAGGAGCACAUUAGUGCAGAGAAUGAUCUUGGAGGUCAAUUAUCAGUGUGUAUUGAGUUAUAAUGGACAGUAUUAAUUCCUGAACCAAAGGAUAAAUUGUCUUAUGCAAAAAAUUGGGAGUCGCAUAUUCAUUAAUCUAUUUUAUAGGAUUUAUUAUUACCCCCUGACACACGAUUCCUAUGCAGCCUUUAAAGUCGCGUGCAAAUAUGUACGAUAAUACAUAAAGAGGACAAUCGAUAGUGUAACGUUAUCAUUCACUUUCAUUUCCUUCUCUUCUUCCCUCCGUCGACAUUGUUAUAGCUUGAGAUCCUCUCUGAUUCCGGCCAAUAGAUCGUUUCCACUUGACAGAUAUCUACAUUUAAAUUUCUCGACUUUGCAUCGCUAUUCGAAGGGAAAACAAGAUAAAUGAAAGGCCAUGCACUCUUUUACAAACAUAUUUCAAACAAUCCGCAAAGGAACCAUACAUGUGUGAUGUUUGUGAAGUUUCCACUUUCUACAGGCCGCUAGUUAUCACAUUUGCAUAAUAAAGUUUCAAGUAAUUUCUCAGGUACUAUUAGGAAGUUGCAUGAUGCAGUGAGUUUACAUAUGCUGCAAAAAAAAAUUAUGUUACCAUAAGUACUACGCACUAUCACGUAUUUUAUUUGAAAUCAGGAUGUAUCUCCUGAAAUUUGGAAAAGAUUAUUCUUUAGCAAUUAUUGCGCUAAACUUUGUUUCUCAAUCAAAACAUCAUACGCUGUAAUGGAAAGAGAUACAAGAAUUUAAAGCCCUUCACACACAAAA